GAUUUGUUUGUUUUUGUUCUGCACGCGGGUGUUCUGAGCGCGCGUGUGGCUCAGCACGGUGUGGUCUGCCUGCUCUGGUUGUGCUUAUCACGGGGAACCGAGGCCGCAGUUUUUUGUGACUUAUAUUGCUCCAUAGUGAACCUUCAUUUUGAACAUGGCCCCAGCAAAAUCGAAAAGAAAAGGAAGAACAAAUAUAGUAACCAAAAAACAAGAGGCAAGUAAAAAUGAAGAGAUAAAGAAAGAUGCACAGAAAGUAUCCAAAAAACUAAUUGAAGAUAAGAGAGUAAACAAGAAAAAUGCUAAAACUGCAGAGAAACCAGACAAAACAGAAGUUGUGAAGAAAGAAAUUGAAAAGGAUAAUCAAAUGGAGGGAAAGGAACCUCCAAGAAAGCGAAUAAAAAAAAACUUUGGCAGUCUUGCACUUGACAGCCAGCCACAGUCCAAUAGUUGCAAGCGAAGGGGUAAGAGGGUGGCCAAAAGUGACAGUGAAGAACCAAGUGAAGAUGUAAAGGCAGUCAAGAUUGAAGUAAAGGAGGAAACUAAUGCACCUGCUAAGAAAUUGAAGAAAGGAGAGGAUGUACCAGUCCCUCGCCCACUUAAAUAUGAGAGCCUGGGAAGCGGUCCUCCACCUGUGCCUUUCACAGGGCGAAAGUACAUGGGGUCCCACGUCUCAGCUGCUGGUGGAAUCUGGAAUGCCUUUGACAAUGCCAAGGAAUGCAAUUCAAAAUCAUUUGCCAUCUUCCUUCGCAACCAACGGCAGUGGAAUGCUAAGCCCCUGGAUGAGGAAACUGUUCAGAAAUGGAAGGAGGUUGGGAAGGACUUUGCCCCACACUUGAUCCUCCCACAUGGCUCCUACCUCAUGAAUCUUGGCUCUCCUGUGCCUGAGGUGUUACAGAAGAGCCGUGGGAUGCUGCAGGAUGAGCUCAAGCGGUGUCAGCGCCUUGGCAUCCCUCACUAUAACUUUCAUCCAGGCUCCACCACAGGCAAGAUUACUCGAGAGGAGUGCUGCAAGACGAUUGCUGAGAGUAUCAACAUUGCCCACAGCCAGACUGAGGAUGUGAUCUGUGUGCUGGAAAACAUGAGCUGCCAGGGCUUCACAAUUGGGGGUGAUUUCCAUGAAUUGCGCCUCAUCAUAGAGCAUGUGAAGGACAAGUCACGUGUUGGAGUCUGUUUGGACACCUGCCACUCUCAUGCUGCAGGAUAUGACCUUUCCACUGAGGAAGGGUUUCAAGAGUUCUCUCAUGACUUUGAAAAGAUAAUUGGGUGGCAGUUUCUUCGAGGACUUCACAUCAAUGAUUCGAAAGGAAAACCUGGUGACCACCUGGACCGACAUGAGAACAUAGGCAAGGGAACCAUUGGCCUGGAGGGGUUCCGGCGAGUGAUGAACUGUGAUCGCUUCAAUGAUCUUCCUCUCAUCUUGGAAACCCCCUGGACUAGCAAUGCAGGAUAUGCUAGUGAGGUGAAGAAGCUGGAAUCGAUUAUUAAGAGGUAGUGAUGUUGAUGUGACAAUAUUUAAAGGUUAGUUGAUGCAAGGCUUGCACUUGCCAGGCAAGGCUGAGUCUCAUUUUUAUUGAGGUGAAAAAAUUAAUCUUGGUGGAGUGAGCUCAAGACACUAAUUCAGUGAACAUACAAUAUUGAGAAGUAUUUUCGCAUUGUAAGUCAGGGAUAUGCACACUAUACAUAUAGGGUAUUUUUCCACAUAUUUAGCUAUUAUUUAAUGUACUGACAUUAUUUAAUGGCUGACAUUCCUUUUGAACUGGGAUAGCCAUAAGAUUGAAAACGUGGAGGAAACUGUUCCCUGUCUCCUGUCUCCCUCCUUUUUAGUCACAUUUUGUAACACAGUGCAGCGUGUGUUGUUAAUCUGUGUCCUUCCUACCAAGGAAAAUGUUUUACAUACAUUUUUAUUAAUUUGUAUCUUUUAUCUUUGUGAUGUAAAGAUGUGCAUCAAUUCAUCAUGUCAUUUGGAAUAAACAUUGAAAACUAA